GUCGCCCCAAAAUUACAGAUUUUAGAGAGAGAGAAGAGAGGGAAAGUAAAGAGAGAGAGAGAGAGAGUAGAGAGAGGAGGCGACGCUGUGAGAUUCUUCUUUUACCUCAUUUUUAGGGUUUCUUUGUGCUUCUCCGUUUUGAUUUCUAGGUUUUACGCUUUGCCUUUCUGGUUCUGGAUAAGAUUCUUAGCUUUUCUUCAGCUCCUGAGUUAGGGUUUUUGGGUUCUUGGAAAAUGGUUCAGUCUGUGAAUUCCGGUGGUUUUAAGCCGGAAAAUUUCAAAUCCAUGGCCGGAUACCUGCCGGAUCACAAUUUUUCGGUUAGUAACGUGAAGGUAGAGGUGGAGGAUCCAUUAGAGGACGAGCAUGGUUCAGUGAAUAAGCGAGCUAAGUUGGGGUCUCCCUUGAAGCAGCAGCAAUGGAGCAUGAGUCCGAGCACCUGUGAGCAAACGUCUUAUUAUAAUCUACUGAAUGAACCUAGCCCUCUUGGGUUAAGAUUGAGGAAGAGUCCAUCACUCUUGGAUUUGAUUCAAAUGAGACUGUCUCAGGGAGAUAUUACCGUUGGGGGUGCUGAAAGCCAUGGAAAGCUGGAGUUGGCAAAAAAAGACACCAAGUGUGCAACUGCGUCAGUUAGUACGGCUGACAAGCUGAAGGCAUCCAACUUCCCUGCUUCAAUUUUACGAAUUGGGAAUUGGGAGUGUAUAUCAAGGUACGAAGGAGAUCUAGUUGCAAAAUGCUAUUUUGCCAAGCACAAGCUUGUUUGGGAAGUUCUUGAUGGUAGCCUUAAAAGCAAGAUUGAGAUUCAGUGGUCAGAUAUCACUGCUUUGAAGGCAAACUACCCAGAUAAUGGGCCUGGUACACUUGAUAUAGUGUUGGCCAGGCAGCCCCAAUUCUACAGGGAGACCAACCCUCAACCUCGGAAGCACACUCUAUGGCAGGCAACUUCCGAUUUUACUGGAGGACAAGCAUCAUUACACAGGAGGCAUUUCUUACAGUGUGCGCAGGGAUUAUUGAAUAAGCAUUUUGAAAAGCUCAUCCAGUGUGAUCCUCGCCUCAACUUGUUGAGUCAAAGAUCAAGUAUAAACUUGGAUAAUCCAUAUUUUGAUUCAAGAGGCUCUGUAUUUGAGGAUCCAGAUGAACCCAACUGUCAUAGCUUUGAGCACAUUGGCAACAAUUAUGUAACGCCCUUUCCAGGUUUUCAAGAUGCGACUUCACUGGCUAUGACACAAGCAUCAUCUUCAAAGUCCGAGGUUCAGGAUUCUGUCGGUAGAGCAUCCGAAGCUCUUGAAACUCCUUCACCCAGCUCAGUAAUGGACUCACGAGCCAUUGAGGACAACGGCAACAGUGAGAAUGAGGAAGUGAGGGAUCAAAACCAGUGGGACCUGCUCAAAGUUCCUGGCCUCCGUACCUCGAUAUCCAUGAAAGACCUUGCUCAUCACAUUGGACUCUGCUUCUCUGAACAAAGAGAAUCAGGCAACCCCAGCGCCUUGGACAAAGAAGUUUUAGACGACUUAACCCAACAUUUGUUUGGUGAUUCUCAGCUGUCUUUGGUCUCAGACGAAAAAUCCCUAAUGGCUAGGGUUAACUCUCUUUGCUGCCUCUUACAAAAGGAUGGUAAUCCCAAUUUUCAAUUUCCACAGUCAAUCUCUGAAGAUGAAUUCAGGGUUGACGGGAAAGUGAAUGACGAGUCUGUAGAAGGUUCAGCCAUAACCCUAACCCUAGAUGAUAAGUGCUCAUUGGGUCUUUUGCCUGGUGAGGCCCAAAAUACAGAUAUUUCCUUUUACAAGCAACCAGCCACUAUGUCGAGGAAAGAGUCUGUCGGAGACUUGCUGCUUCAUAUCCCUCGAAUUGCUUCACACCCGAAGAUGCUGUUUGGUUUGCAAGAAGCGACAGGUGGUCGAAACAAAUGAUUCUCUUGACCCUUGGGUGAAAAACCUUGUAUAAAUUGUACCAAAAUGUUCUUAUUUUUUCUUUUCCUUCAGGGUCAAUUCGGUAUCUUUGAUAGGACGAUGGAUGCCUCAAAUGGUGUAAUGGUGGUUUAGGUUAAGUUAUCAGGAUUCUGAUUAGGUGAUAUACUGAUGAUGAAUCUUGAUGAGUGGUGGUAGAGAGAAGAGAGGGGGUGAGUACAGGGAUGUGCUCAAUUAAGUUUGUGGGUGCUCUGUAAAAAUGUUAUAAAGAUCCAGCUUUGAGAUAUGAGGAUUUGAGUUACUAUUGUGAUUGA